CAGCGACGGCAAGCAGAUCAGGGUUGCACGGCUGUUCGCACGCGCCUGCCCCUUUCGCAACCGCACAUAAAGCGCACACCCGCGACGACAUGCUCCCGACGGCGGUGACGCUGUCCAAGGCGUCGCGGCUGCCGCUGACGUCUAAGCAGGCGAACAAGAACUUCUACAAGGGCACGCGCACGGGUAACGUGCUGCUGCGCAAGCGCAUCGCGCUUGUCACGCGCACUACGGGUGCACAGCUAUACGAUGCGCAGGGCCACGAGCGCACGUGGAACAAGCGCGUCGGCGGAAGGCUCGACGAGAGUCGAAUGGUCAGCUUUGUCGUCCCACCCGGGCUGGCGGAUACGAAGCUUAAACCCUACGUCUUCACUGGCAAGGAAUCCGAGUCAGGCGUCCCGCGGCCAGAGCGGGGGUACCCAGGCGGGCCGCGCAUGAGUGGGCCGCGGGCACUGGACGGGACGUACUACUCUUCGCUUAUCGACGCGAUUUCCGUGCGGCGCGCGCGGCAGCGCGAGGCCGAGAGCGACAUGCGUGUCGUCCGCGAGCGCGUGCGGCAAAAGGCCAUCCGUGGCAGCAGCAGUAGUGCGGCAGCGGACUCGGAGUCAUCCAGCAGUGCCGCGGAAGAAAGCACGGAUGGAGACAAGAAGAGCGUCCUCGGUCGGUUCUUCUCUCGGUAGAAGGAGCAAAGGGUCAGGAUGGCAAGCGCUCCGUCCCUGUGGAGCACAGUGGGCUUUUAAGCUUACAGCAGUAGCAGCAGCAACAACAACAGUUCUCCAAGUAGCCGUCAUUGUAUCAUACGCACUUUGCAGCAGUCAGCUGCCAACCUAGUUUCCUCCUCUCGACGCCUAGGGGCCAGAGGGGGUAAAGCACG